AUGGACAAAUCACCAGAUAACAAGGAAUACUUCCAGACUCAACCUGCCCUUGAACAGGGUACUUCCACAGAGUACCAUGAGCUAGCAAGAAAACUCGAAAGUAGGCAUGUCCAGUUCAUCGCCCUCGGCGGCGCCAUUGGCACGGGAUUGUUCCUCGGUAUUGGCCGCGCCUUAACGCAAGCUGGCCCGCUUAGUCUCUUGCUGGGCUACACCAUUUCAGGCGCAGCCAUUUUCUGCAUGAUGCAAAGUUUAGGUGAAAUGUGCACCUGGCUACCUCUGCCUGGAGCGAUCCCUCAGUUCGCAGACCGUUGGGUAGACCCUGCCCUCAGUUUCGCUGUCGGUUGGAACAGCUGGUAUUACUGCGUCAUCACUCUAUGUGCCGAGAUCGCCGCCGUAUCGGUCGUCAUACAAUACUGGGAGGGAGCUCAAGGUGUCAAUGUCGCAGUCUGGAUCACUAUUCUCAUCGUCUUGGUCGCCUGCAUCAACCUCUUCGCUGUCUCAGUUUACGGAGAAGUCGAGUUCUAUUUUGCGGGUAUUAAAGUCAUCGCCAUUGUCGGUCUUAUCUUACUCGCCUUCCUCAUUGAUGUGGGAGCAACGGGGCAAGGCCGCAUUGGCUUCCGCUAUUGGAAGAGCCCAGGAGCCAUGAAGGAGUACGUGGCGACCGGAGACUUUGGCCGAUUUCUGGGUUUCUUCUCAACGCUUGUUAAUGCAGCUUUCUCUUUUGGCGGUAUUGAGACUGUUGCUGUGGCUGGAGGUGAGGCCAAGAACCCACGAAGAAAUAUUCCCAAGGCAGUUCGUCGCGUCUUUUGGAGAAUCUUAUUCUUCUACGUUUUGGGUGCCCUAGCCGUUGGUGUAUUGGUUCCUCACAACGACGAAAAGCUGCUCAGUGCUCAGGCGAACGGCUCCAAGGGUGCUGCGGCAUCACCAUGGGUCAUUGCGAUCACUCAUGCCAAGAUCAAGGUCUUGCCAUCUAUUAUCAACGCCGUCAUCUUGAGUUCUGCCAGCUCAGCCGCCAAUGCCAUGACCUUCAACGGAAGUCGAUAUCUCUUUGCACUGUCCAAGAAUGGACAGGCCCCGAAGAUUUUCCAAAAAUGCAACAAAAGUGGCACACCCUGGGUAGCGGUACUGCUUAUUACUGCCAUCUCUUUACUUUCAUACCUCUCAUGCUCUGCCAGCAGCAGCGUAGCCUUCACGUGGUUCCAGAACCUCGCUACACUGUCAUCACUCUUCACCUGGUUCUCUAUCUGCCUCAUCUACGUCAGGUUUCACAGCGCUCUCAAGGCCCAGGGCAUAGAUAGGUCAUCUCUCACCUUUAAAGCGCCCUUCCAGCCCUACCUGGCUUGGUUCUCAAUGUUUUAUUUUGGCCUCAUCAUCCUGUUUAGUGGCUUCUGGACAUUUACUCCUUGGAAUGCCAACAGCUUCGUCACUACCUACAUCGGCAUCCCGCUUCUCGGGGCUCUUUUCUGUUUCUGGAAGUUCUUCAAAAAGACGAAAUGGAUACCAUCUACUGAGGCUGACUUACAUCGCGAUAAGGCUGCUAUCGAUGCAAUUAUUUGGGAGGAGAGGCAGCCAACAACUAUCUGUGGAAAGUUCUGGGAUUGGCUAUGCUAG